AUGAAGGUCCCAGCUGCUCUUGCGGCCUGGGCUUGCAGCACCCUCUGCCUGGCUUUCUGCUCGGCUCUCUUUUCCCAUGGUGCCAGUGUGGCGGCCUGUCAGGACAUGCAGCCCAGACACAUGGGAGCCCAGCCCCAGCGCCCCAGCACCCACCGCAUCUCCAUCCACGCUGGCAGGUCUUCCUCCUCUGCAGGUGACCAGAUUCCAGUGACGGUGAGGAGCAGCCGCGAUUUCAUGGGGUUCCUGCUGCAGGCGCGGCCUGAAUCUGAUCACCGGACAGCGGGCACCUUCGUCUUCCUUCCUCCUGGUUCCAAACUGAUGACUUGUCUUGAAGAGUCUGACACUGUCACCCACUCCGACAAGUCCCCGAAGAGAAACCUGUCAUUCGUGUGGAAGGCCCCUGCCAGACCGGUGGGGGACGUCAGGUUCCUAAUAUCAGUCGCCCAGUUGUAUUUUAUUUACUGGGCAGGGAUUGAAUCAUCCGCUGUGUCUGAAGAGGCCCGCAGUAGAACCGACUCGGAUGACCACAGUAACUCAGAGCCUGGCUUGUGGGUGGCAGCCCCUGGGCAAAGUGAAGAUACUGCUGCAGGAGCCACAAAGGAAAACAGCCUAGAUCUUGCUUCUACAAGUAUUGUGGGCACAGAGUUGCCUGAGGAUGCCCAGACUUUGACCCAGAAUCCUUCGCAGACAGCUACCACAGCCAGCAACUUCCAGCAGCCCAGCAGGGACAGAAACCCCACCCUAGAACCAUCACUGGAUGUCCAUAGGCUGGAGAGGCUUGUGGCCCUCAGGAGAGUCUCCUCAGAGGGCCUUGCUUCUAAACCAAGCACCCAGCAAGGAACUCAGGAUGAUCGAAACUUUAAUUCCUUGGAAACUUGCCUGUCCUUGGAGAAAGAUGAACAGGACAAGAUGGUGGCCUCUAAUAGGUCUCUGAGGAGGCCUUCUGUGUAUACUGUCCAUCUUAGCAAUCCACAGCAUCCCUGGUCCUCUGAAGCAUUCAGUGGGCAUGGGGCUGGGGCAGUUAACCCAGCUCCUGACUUCUACACCUCUAGCAUUUCCAGACUACCUGCUGCUGGUGGCCAUGCAGAGGCACCAAAGCCUUGUGCCAGCUUUCUUCCCGAGUCAAAGCUCAGGGAGGCCAGAGUGUGGGAGGGGACUGGAGAGACCAGCAUGGGACACUCUUGCAAGACCAACCCAAGGCCUGAGGUUGGGCUAGAGGAAGACAGUGGCCUUUUGGGGAUCCAGUUCAGAGCUCCCAAGUUGGGACUUCUGCUUUGCCUAUCAGUGGCUCUGGGCAUGGCUCUGGCUGCUGGCCUUUGCUACCUGCACGCUCAGCGCUGCCACAAACGAACAGGAGUGUCUUUCAGCGAUCCUGGUGCCGAUGCCAUUGCCAGGAGUGAUGGUGGGGCGACUGUGCACGUCAGGAGGACUGGAGAGAACAGUUUUGUCCUGGUUCAAGCGGAAUACAACAGGAUUACCCCUUCUGGGAGUAGCAAGAAAACAGUCCCCUGA